AUGUUAAAGUAUGCCAUAAACCUUUUCUAUCUUGGAAGUGCAGACAGAGCAGAUAAAAAGUUGAAGGCUUUGAUGAAACAGAAGCGAAAAAUUCUGGAGGAUGUUAUGAACACCGAGACGUACAACCGGGCUCAACAAAUUUUGAAGCGUUUUGAUCCACUAGGCCUUGUUAUUCGUGAAGAAGGGCCUACACCAAGUAGACCGUUUUUUAAAAGAGAAAUAGAAACGAACACGAGGAUGCGCCCUGUAUCUGCGAACCUAAACUUUCAGAACGGGCCUUCACAAAUGCAGGAACCACGAGAACUCACAACUCAGACCCCACAAAUUCUAGGGCCACUAUCCACAAUUGAAGCGACCACAACGCAGCCAUCCAAGGGACCUAUAACUCAUCGACCGAUAUUACCUCGUAAGCGGUCUAUUUUCGAUGUCGUGGUUGACGCCUUGGUUGGAGAUGGACCGGAUCGCCGUUAUGCACUGAUUUGUCACCAAUGCGCGGGACAUAACGGGAUGGCCUUGGCAGAAGAAUUUGAGUACUUAGCAUUUCGCUGUUGCUAUUGCGGCUUCCACAACCCAGCUCGUCGUAUUCGCCGCAACCCCCCGCCCGUUCCUCGACUGCAGACUUUCCCCAGUCCUGGAUCGCGUUCUUCAAUUGGAACACCCCUCUCGGGUUGCUCGCGCGGUUUCAGCGCCUCCGCGGCCAACCUCAGCGUCACCGGGCCGACGCCCCCCAGCCCCAUAAACAAAUCCUCGUCCACAGAAAACGUCUUCCUGGGGACUCCUGUUCUUUCUAAGGUGGUCGAGGUGUCUGGCCUUUUUUCCGUCGAAUCGGAAGAAUCAGAGAAUCUUUCUCUUCCGUCUGGGAGUCCGACUGGAGUCCACGCGAGCAAGCAACAAACUAAGCGCACCAGGAAGCUACAUUAG